AUGUUACUGUGCUGACAUUUGUUUUUAAAAAGCUGUCGAUAUUCAACCAGCAUGCCUUGGACUUUAUUGUGGAAAGACGCUAUUAUUUAAAAAUGGCUCAACUGAAAUAUAUGGAGAAUGUGGGGUGUGCCCAAGAGGACAGAGAACAAAUGCACAGAAAUACUGUCAGCCUUGCACAGAGUCUCCAGAGCUUUAUGACUGGCUGUAUCUUGGAUUUAUGGCUAUGCUUCCACUUGUUUUGCAUUGGUUCUUCAUUGAAUGGUACUCAGGGAAAAAGAGUUCCAGUGCACUUUUCCAGCACAUCACUGCAUUAUUUGAGUGUAGCAUGGCAGCUAUUGUCACCUUACUCGUGAGUGAUCCAGUUGGUGUUCUUCAUAUCCGUUCAUGUCGAGUAAUGAUGCUUUCUGAUUGGUACACGAUGCUUUAUAACCCAAGUCCAGAUUAUAUUACCACAGUGCACUGUACUCAUGAAGCUGUCUACCCAUUAUACACCAUUGUAUUUAUCUAUUAUGCAUUUUGCUUGGUAUUGAUGAUGCUGCUCCGACCUCUUCUGGUAAAGAAGAUUGCUUGUGGGUUAGGGAAGUCUGAUCGAUUUAAAAGUAUUUAUGCUGCACUUUACUUCUUCCCAAUUUUAACUGUGCUUCAGGCAGUUGGUGGAGGCCUUUUAUAUUAUGCCUUCCCAUACAUUAUAUUAGUGUUAUCUCUAGUUACUCUGGCUGUGUACAUGUCGGCUUCUGAAAUAGAGAACUGCUAUGAUCUUCUGGUCAGAAAGAAAAGACUUAUUGUUCUCUUCAGCCACUGGUUACUUCAUGCCUAUGGGAUAAUUUCCAUUUCCAGAGUGGAUAAACUAGAGCAAGAUUUACCUCUUUUGGCUUUGGUACCUACACCAGCCCUUUUUUACUUGUUCACUGCAAAAUUUACCGAACCUUCUCGGAUACUCUCGGAGGGAGCCAAUGGACACUGAAUGUAAAAUGCCAAAAAAAAAAAAAUCUAAGGACUAUUCUUAGUGAAAAAGUAAAGAAAAAAAAAUUAUCACACACACAGGAACAAGAUUGUCAGUAUAUCUUAAUGGUUUUUUGACUUAACAGACUGUGGUUAGACUUACAAAAUACGAAAUACCAUAAUACUCUGUUACA